AUGCAAGGUCAGCAAGUUGCAUAUAAACGCUCGGUAACAUGGGUUAGGAACUACCUGGGAAUAAUUGUGGGGUUAGCGAAUCGGCUAGUCAUGCAAAGUAAGCAAUUAGCCGCGCUUAUGCUCACCUUGCAUCAUGCGUAUGGCAAAUAUACAGUGCGACGAUUUCAUUCAAUCUUCUCUUGCACAAAAUUUUGGGAGGAAGGAUUUGAUCCCAGAUCGAUUAGCUCUUCACGAUAUCCUCUACACGUAAACCUUCAACAAGUUUUUACCGAUAGUGAUUGUAAAUGGCACGAUACUUCACCUCGUAAUCGUUAUCGGUGCGAAAAAGGACUGAGCAAUAUGGAAUAUGGAUCGGUACCUGAUCCUUCAAAUCAAACUCUAUACGCAAUUUAG